AUGUCAAGUGUAGUAUGGCGAGAACGGCGCGCCUUUGCGUAUUACUACCAGAACGCCGCAUCAGCCGUCGGCGGCCAGUUGGACUUGGAUUUCUGGCGCAGGUUCGUUCCCCAGAUAUGUCAGAAGGAGCCUGCGGUCUGGGAUGCCAUCAUCUCUAUCAGUGCCCUUUUCGAGAGUAGUCCCGAGGCGAUACCAGAUGCGAAGAAAAACCGCAAUUAUCAAGAUGCACUCGAGUGGUACGUGCGUGCUCUCUCGCGGGUACGACAACAGAUCGCCCGCGGUGCCGUUGAUAUCUUUGUUGGCCUCGUCAGUUGUGUGCUUUUUCUCUGUGUUGAGUUUCUCAGGGGUGGCGUCGAAGAAGCCAUGCAGCUUUAUGGCCAAGGCGUACAGUUGAUUCUCACAUUGCGCGCUCAGCGCGCUUUCGGAUUGGUGGCAACGACGGAUGCCUCGUUGUUGGACGACACGAUUAUACCCAUGUUCAUCCGCCUGGGUAUGAUAGGAUUCUCGGUCUCCCAACCGCAGCUUCAUCUCCUUCUACAAGACGCUUCUUUGAAAUCAAGCGAUUCAACGGUCUCCUUGAAAUCUCUCCGAAAUGAGAUCUCACGCCUGGGUGCCGAGGCCCAAUUCUUGCAACAUGCUUGUGGGGAGUAUCUCUUGAGCCCCGAUGGUCCGAAUGUACCCCAACAUAUGUGUGAUCUACAGGAGAGUCUGUUACUUCAACUAGCAAACUGGUACGUGGCUUUUCGGCACCUGCAAAAGUCAACCUUGAACGACCCCGGGACCAUUGCACUCCUGAUUGCAAGUCACGAGGCGCUCUUCGUCAUGUUGAAAGUAUCCACCUCGUCAUCGGAGGUCAUCACCGAUCAAUUCUUAUUGAACUUUCAAACCAUUGUGGAGCAGUCUCGUAUCGCCUUGAAUGCCUCUAUAAGACCCGAUGGAACACAACCCCCGAUGACUCUAGAUCUCAACCCAGGGGUAGCCCUCUGGUUCACCUGUCUGCGAUGUCGAGAGCCGGCUACAAGGCGCGAGGCGAUCGCUCUGUUGCAACGCUGUCCACGCGUACAAGGAUUCUCCAGCACUUCAGCUGCCGUGUCAUUCGGAGAGAAUAUCAUGCGAUUUGAAGAAAUGAAGAGCAUGGCGAUCUUGCAAGGCUCAACGAAGUGCUGUCUACCCACGCUGGAUCACUUUGUCGCCGGUGACCAAGUCUGCCAAACGCACAGAAGUCCCUAUCUUGUCUCCGACAAGCAGACUCCUUCCUUUCAAGAGGAUUUCUUAGCACAGAUUCUCCCAGAAGAAGCGCGCAUCGGCCAUUUCUCAAUCAUUCAGCCAGAUGACAGUCUUGCCAAGACCAUCACCUCUGAAGUUAUAGCCCAGUGGAAUCUUCGCUUGGACCAGCCCAUUCUCAGCUUCUGGCGAAAUGAGCGCAAUCCAGCUGAUCAGAGCUGGCGGAUGGUGCGCGAGUAUGUUUCCAUGAGCUUUGCAGUCUGA